AUGUCUUUCUUUUCAAAUACCGCAACAAACGCGGCAACCACCAACGCUUCUCAGACCGCUGAAAAGGAUGUCGAAGUCGCAGACCCGCCCACAGACUCAAUAUCCUCCUUGUCAUUCUCAAGUCAGGCUGACUACUUGGCAGUAGGAAGUUGGGAUAAUAGCGUGCGGAUCUAUGAGGUGGGAGCGGGUGGACAAACGCAAGGAAAGGCAAUGUACCAACACCAAGGGCCCGUUCUAGAUGUGUGCUGGAACAAGGAUGGCACAAAAAUAUUCUCUGGAGGCGCUGACAAUGCUGGUCGCAUGUUUGAUGUGACUACAGGCCAGGCUUCGCAAGUCGCGCAGCACGAUGCUCCCAUCAGGGUAGUCGCUUGGGUAGACGCACCUCAGUCCGGAAUCCUCGCGACGGGAAGCUGGGACAAGACCAUUAAAUACUGGGACCUGCGAACACCAAGUCCUGUGGCCACUGUACAACUCCCAGAGCGGUGUUACACGUUUGAUGUCCAGUACCCGCUGAUGGUCGUUGGGACGGCGGAACGUCACAUUCAAAUCUUCAACCUGACCAAUCCUAACACUGCUUACAAGACCAUCCAGUCCCCUUUGAAGUGGCAAACACGGGUAGUUUCUUGUUUCACCUCGUCAGCGAACAGUGGCUUCGCCGUGGGUAGUGUGGAAGGCAGGGUAGCCAUCCAAUAUGUUGAAGAAAAAGACGCGUCAAACAACUUUUCUUUCAAAUGCCACCGACGUGAUUCAGUCCCCAACGCGAAAGACCAAGCGUUGGUAUUCGCUGUCAACGACAUUUCUUUUCAUCCUGUUCAUGGAACAUUUUCUACUUGUGGUUCUGACGGUACAAUCCACUUUUGGGACAAGGACGCUCGCACGCGUUUAAAGACUUUCGACGCCGCUACAGGACCUAUUUCCACCAGCGCAUUCAACCGUAACGGUUCUAUCUUCGCCUAUGCUGUUUCCUACGACUGGUCGAAAGGCCAUUCUGGAAUGACUCCGGGACAUCCUAACAAGUUAAUGCUGCACGCUUGUAAAGAUGAAGAGGUCAGGAAGAGGGCUAGAAAAUAAUUGACUCCCUAUCUUGCAUCCCUUUCAUGUAUCUUCACGUUGGCUAUUUCCGCAAUCUUGUAUCUUUUACCCUUGCUUCUCAUCUAAGAUUUUGCCAUUCCCUA